UAUAGUAACUUACGUUUUUAAACAUGAAGUAGUUAAGAUAUAAACUUUAUUAUAAUAUAUACAUUAAUGGUUUGAAAAACAAUUGAUUAAAAAGGAAAAUUGUAAUAUUUAAAAAAUAACGUAACAUAUUUAUUGAAUUAUGUUUUUUACUUUAUUUAAUGUUUUUAUACAAAUGUCAAAUCUCAGCUGAGUUGCAGCAUGUUAUUCACGUGUUUUUUAAAUUGUGAUAAAUACCAAUAAUCAUAAAUAUAAGUAAUUAUAAACUAACUUUUAACUUUCAUAAUGACGUCAAAUUCUUGUAAAGUUUGUGAUGGGACAGAUAUGAAUCUCGUUGAUGGCUUCUACUACUGCGUUGAGUGUGGCACUCAAGAUGUUAAUGUAAGAGAAACUGUUGUGGAGCAAACAGUGCUAGCUGAUGGUACCUUCGCACAUACCACAGCUAAGAAGUUUACUACAGUCUCGCAAGAGAAACAAAUAAAUGAAAUGAGUCCAGAAUGGAACAAGUGGCAUGCUUACAACUUCAUCUUAGCCGGGUUGACAGAGGAAUUGUUGAACUUGGGAGCUGAACCAAGCGUGAAGACGGCCAUAUUAUGGAUUUGGACAAAAUACAUUAAAAUGUUUCAAGUGAACGAAGUUGACAAAAACAAAAGUCAACUUGAUAAUGAAAGUUUCAAUGAAACAAUACAUUCUGAUGGAGAAGAGAAAGUUGAUGAUGCAAAUACAGAUGACUCUGAUAAUGAAAACGACAAAUCUUCAAUGUCCACAACUUCACGCAAUAAAAAAAAUAAAACAGACAAAUUUCGACGUGACAUUAAAAUCGUGACGAAAGGAACAUUACUAACAUUAAUAUAUUUAGCAUUAAAUUUAGAUAGAAGUGAGAUCCAGCUAUCUCAUCUGCUUAGGUUCAUAAAAGAGGGUAGGUUGAGCUUGUAUAAUUGUACAAAAUAUGUGCCAGACGAAAUAAACACGAAAUCUAUUCCACAUUGGAAGAACUUUAUCCUUUGUCAAAAUGAUUAUACUCCAAAGAUUAUUCGUACAUUAGCAAUGACAUUCUUCAAACGUCUCGAUCUAGGUGUCCCUCUCGUACCAGAUUUAAAUAAAAUGAUUGGUAACUAUGUUAAGGAAUUAUGUUUACCGUGCGAAUUUAAAACUUUAGUAAUAUCACUAAUGAAUCUCAUGCCAUGUGACUUUUUAAAACUGGAUACUCGGGCUAAGCAAACCCUAGUACGCAUACCAGAUUACGAAGGUGUUUGUAUGUCUUAUAUCCUAAUAGCUCUGAAAUUGUGCUUCGGUUUGGAUGCUCAAUAUGAAUUAAAAAUAUCAGAUCAAGUUGAUAGAAUCAAUUAUGAAAAGAAUUAUUCAAAGUCUUACAAACUCGGCUCAUAUUCAGACUCAACAGAAAGAUUGUUCUCAUUUCAAGAUUGGUAUCAGUUUUUAUUGUUUAGAAAAACAAUAUUGUGUAAAUAUUACUUACCGAUGGCAAGAUUAUACAAACUGCCAGUUGAUGAUUGUGUAUUAAUGGAACAUUUGAAUGAAAGGAAAACAAGGACGAUAAAGCUAAGUGAUAAUGUGACAAUGGACAUCAUAAAUAAGAUCACAGUCGAGAAAACUGUUUCGGCUAUUCCUAAAAAGGAAUUCCCCGCUACUCUAACUCCUAUGUCUACAUAUACGGAAAUUAUAUUACAAUAUUUACAAGAUCCGGACUUAAGAUUACUUCUCAGUGAAGACUUCACUCAAUAUUCUCUCAAAUAUGCCAUAAUUGAUUUAAAAUUUCCUGAAGAAUAUGACGAUGUAGAUAACAUGAUUCAGGGUGUUAGUGAAAUAAAUAAAUGUAUAAACCCUUUUAUAAUUGGAACCCUAAAAUCAUCCAAAGGGAACACUACAAUGGUAUUUGUUAGGAAUUGUGAAAAUAAACAUUGGCUGAAAACUAAACCACCUACAUCUGAUCAUGUUACAAAAGAAAUUGAAAAUAAAAUUAGCAGUGAUAAAGAAAGUGAUCAUGGAUACGAUUCUAAUAUAGAAUCCACACCCGUUGAAAGUGAUGACACAAUGAGUGAUGACUCAAAAGAAAAUAUUAAGAUGAAAGAAGAAAAGGACUUUGAACCGAUAGACGAAGAAGAUGAUGGAGUAUGUAUAUUUGAUGAUGAUUUUAGAGACAUGGAUAAUUUUCAUAAAGAAAAAAAGGACAAUACAUUCGAAGAUUCGAAAAACACUGCCGAAUUUCAAAAUGAUUUUCAAGAUACUAAACUAGACUUUAACAACAGAUUAAGUGAAUCAGGUUCUAUGAACUCAGAAGACAAUUAUAAUCCAAAUACAUUCGACAGGAAUUCGACUAUAGAAACAUUAAUAGAAAUGGCCUGCAGAAAAUAUAAAAUACCACGGCCAAAGGAAAAACUGGCAAGGAAGCGAAAGAACAACUAUGAAAACCAAGAGGCUGGUGAAACUAAAAAUAAAAGAAAAAAAAUUGACGGACCAACGGCUCAAAGUGAAUCGAUGGGUUCCGUUAAAGAAAUAAUGGUAGGGUACUAUAAAAGCUUAGAAAGUGACUUAUUAGAAAAAGUACCAGAGCAUCAGCAAUCUGUCAUACAUAAUCAGGAAUUCGUAAAUAAUGAAACUUUUGAAAAUGAUCACUGUGAUUUUGAAGAUACUAAAAUGGAAACUUGCAUUAGUAAAAUAGAAGAUAACUAUUUCAAUGACCAAAAAUGCUAUGAUAUAAAUUCAUCAGUUAUAAGUAGCAUUCAUCCAAAUACUACAAUAAAUAAUACAAUAUCAGAUCUCGAAGACGAAACUACAGAAGAUGUAAUUACAAAAACGAUAAGUAAUCCCAAAUUCGACGAUUCCACUCACGAUGUUGAACAAUUAUACUUGAAAUUGAAUGAAGACAUAGAAUUUAAUUGUAAUAUCAACUUUGAGGCAGAUUUAGAACUUGACAAGAUAAUUGAUAAGACAAUAGAGAACUAUCCAAACAUUGAAUCUGAGCAAAAUAAAAUUGAACUUAUAAACAGUGAUAGUGAUUCUGAAGAUGAUAUUCCUUUAAGUGAAAUUGCAAAUGAAAAAUUAUCAUGUAUGGCAAAAAAUAGUAGAAUGCAUAUUAAGCGUGAAAAUCUUGUUAGUAACCUGGAUAUAGAAAAGUUCAAUUACUGGAUGAGACAUUACAAGUCACGAGCCGUUACCCGUAGCCUGGAUAUGAGUGAAAAAUUUGAUAUUGAAAUUAUGGAAAACUGUCCAAAAAGUUUUGUCUUUGUGAUACGCGAAUGCGCUGCGAUUUUAGAUUGUACGACAUUUAUUCUUUAUAAAUGCAUGCAGAAUUUAGAAGAAACAUUAUUAAGAUACUCUGAUUCAUAGACCACCUUGUGUUAUAUUAUUACUUCUCUACAGACAUGCUGUCCGUGCCUUUGUUAUUUUAAAAUUAUUAUUUUAUUGCCGUUGCCUGUUAAAUGUUAAGUCCAGGGUCUUAGACUGGGUCUU